AUCGUAGGAGUCUCUACGAACAAGAGAAAGCAAAGCGUUCGCUUGAAAGCGGCAGAGGCUUACCGAUAAUGUGUAUGGACUUUUGAAAGUGUUAAAACAUUGGAUUUGAAGAUGGUUUGUGGGGGCUUCACGUGUUCAAAGAAUGCUCUGUAUUCACUAAAUGUGGUUUACAUGCUGGUGGGCCUGCUCCUCAUAGGCGUGGCUGCGUGGGGGAAAGGCUACGGCAUCGUCUCCAGCAUCCACAUCAUCGGCGGGGUGAUCGCCGUGGGCGUCUUCGUCCUCCUCAUCGCCAUCAUCGGACUCAUCAGCACCUCCAGCCACCACCAAGUCCUGCUCUUCUUCUACAUGCUCAUUCUGUUCCUGGUGUUCCUCUUCCAGUUUGGAACGUCAUGCUCCUGUCUAGCCAUCAGCAAGGAUCAGCAGGGUAAGCUGCUGUACAGCUCAUGGACCUACAUGGGCGAAGAAAUGCGUCUGAGUGUGGAGAACCAGCUGGACUGCUGUGGCUUCCUCAACACCACUGACAGCAUGGAGCAGUUCAAGAUAGACGUCAACUCGUGUAAAGCGGCGUGUAAGGAGAGUAAGGAGAAGGAGUGCUCCACCUGUGGGGACCGAAUGCUGCUGCACUCCGGCAAAGUCCUCAAGAUCCUCGGAGGAGUCGGACUCUUCUUCAGUUUCACACAGAUUUUUGGAGUGUGGCUUGCCAUGCGUUACAGGAACCAGAAAGACCCGCGGUCCAAUCCCAGUGCUUUUCUGUAGGAGCUCUGUCUCCAUGUGGCUAAAUGAGUCCAUGUUUAACACACACACACACACACACACACACACACACACACACACACACACACACUGAUAGAUUCACUCACUCUUACACACAAAGACAGACUGGAUGUGCCAAUCUAUGUUAACACCUACUCCACUGUAUGCAUUCCAUAUAAUGUCAUAAUGUGUACUGUUUAACCUAAACAGUGCUGUACAGUAUCAACCUUGGAACAUGUUAUCAGUUAGUCAUCAAAUCAUGCAUUACUGAAGUCAGGGUAACAAACACCUGCAAUAACACAAAGUUUGACUUCCUCAAGUCUGCAUCGAACUCAAGUUUCUCAAACCCCCAUUUGUUUUCGUUAAGUAGCAGUUACCAUUUUAUCACUUAAUUUUGUGCCUUGAUGAGAAGGGACAAACUGUGCCUUCUAUAAACCGCAGGUUGCUCUCAUGGAGUUAACUCCGACCACUCCCUCUCCGGCUCACACUCUAACUACACUCCCCUUAUUAUUGGUCUGUUGGGGUGGUUGGUAUUAUUAUUAUUAUUAUUAUUAUUAUUAUUAUUAUUAUUAUUAUUAUUUUAUCAGUGACAAUCAAAACAGUUCAGCUUCUAGGCCGAACUCGACGCGGGCAAAGGUCACGGCGUGAUCAGACGCAUCAAACAGUAUCUCUCCUGCACAGGAGCUGGUCUGUGACCGUUCUCUGAAAGACAACUCUGUUCGCUGAGGGGACCGUCCCUCCCAUCUGUCCCCCUGUCUUGACCACCCGCCAGUUAAGAUACUGAGCCGGUACAAAGGGCUCUUUUGAAUGAGGAGGAGGGUGAGAGCUAAGCUUAGUUCCUGACUAAAUGAAGUUAGCAGUGGAGCCUCUUCAUUCAACACAGUCAUUGUAGUCACUGCUAAAUUAGGCGCCAUCAUGCAUGAUUGGGGUGCGCCAUUCUCAUGCUAUUGAUCAGAGAAUCUGUUGUUCAUUUAAUCUGGGUUUUUUUUAUUGCCAAUUUGGUAAAAUACAGGCAUUUAUUGCUGCAGAGAUAAUGACCUAGCAAUUUUGUUGGAUUUUUUCCAGUGAAGUAGUAUACAGGUAUUUAUAUUUGAUGUGUGUGUGUGUGUGUGUGUGUGUGUGUGUGUGUGUGUGUGUGUGUGUGUGUGUGUGUGUGUAAGCUUAGUCUCAGUGACGCCGAGUGAUGGAAGGAGCGUGGUUGUCUGGCUUUGUGCCAGCAGGGGUCACCGCAGACUUCCUUCCUGUGGUCUCUCUCCGGUGACCACACUAAGCAGCGCUCACUUCACUGCUUUCAGUGGCCUCUUGUGCUGACGCUCUCCCUCCUGUACACAUUCACAGGGGGGGGGGGUGUAAGUCACACAGAAAAAGCCCAUGGUACAGACCUUUUAAAUGUUAAAUCUAAAGGGGCCAGUGGUGUGUGGGAAAAUAUGGGCGGUAUGUUAUGUGAU